AUGGGAUCAGAAUCUCUAAUAGUUGAUAGAUCAAAAAAACUACAGAAAAAGAAUGUACGUGCCCAUAUGAAUUUUCUAACUCUCCUAAUUCACGAUUUCAAGGCCUGGUACAGACGAUGGAAAAACAAACGUUGGGAACUACCCCUCCUCAAAAAGUACAUUGAAAGGAUAGAAAGUAACUUUGGGUCUGGUCUGGGUUCUCUGUUUGUGUUUACACGCUGGAUUCUGUGUCUGAACUGUGUACUGAGUUUACUUUGGAUCUCCUUGGUCAUCCUACCAACAGCUAUUACAUUCACCUACCACCACGUUACAAUGGAAUUCAACUUUAAAAAUCUGCUGGAUGGCAGGGGAGCAGUAGGGCAGUCAUGGCUUUUCUUUGGAAAAUACCAAGAGAAAGUAGGUGAUGAUUACUGGUUGUCUGUGGCAUACCUUUUCCUCCUCCUUUUCACCUACUUUGGCAGUCUGCUGCUGGUUAUGAGAAGUAUUGGAGAAGCUAGCAUGCCCACAUCUGCCUCCUCAAGCCAGAGCCAGAACAAAUUCUCUCUUCUUCUGUUUACGUCCUGGGAUCACUCCAUCACCAAUGAAGAGGCAAGCAGUAACAUGGUGCAGGGUAUAGCUAGCAUUAUCAAGGACAACCUGUACGAAGUAAAGGCGUCAGAUGCUGAACGUAACCGCAGUGUGAAGGAGAGACGAGGCAUUUACUGUCGACGAGUCCUGGCCUGGUUCUGCACCAUUCUGUUGGUUGGAGGUGGAUGUACACUGAUUGUUUUCCUGGUCAUUUUCAAUGUCUCCAGUGUCAUAAAACAACAGGAAAGUGUGGGGCUCUCAGAAGACAGCAUAGUUGUUGUGUACAGCACUCCAAUCAUCUUUACACUGAUCAAUGUCUUGGUGCCUUUAUGUAUCAAAAAGUUACCCCAGAUGGAGGAUUAUCAUAGUGGCAGAACAGAGCUGUACAUCACACUGGCACGAGUCUACUUCCUGCGAAUGGCCAACCUCUUUUGCCUGCUUAUAUCUCUGUAUACCAAUAUAAACUCCCAUAUUGAAGGUGGUGGAUGUCUUGGAACUGUCAUUGGUCAGGAGAUCUACAAACUAGUUGUCAUGGAUACCAUCAUUCAUGUAAUAUUCAUCACUACUUCCAAAUUUCUACUUUAUUUCUGGACCAGAAAGAAGUCCGAGUUUGAUCUAUCAUCAGCUGUUCUAGUCUUAGUGUACAGACAAGGAUUGGUGUGGGUGGGGACAAUAGCUUGUCCAUUGAUGCCCGUUGCAGGUGCCAUUUCUUGUCUUGUAUUUUUCAUCACAAAUUACAACAUUGUUCGGUGUGUGUGCAGGCCACCCUUGAAGCGGUGGAACCAGUCACGUAAUACCAGGUUUUUGAUGGGAUUCCUUAUCAUUACACUUACUGCUGUCAUAUUGCCUAUGUCUGUGGUCAUUGGCAGUCGGGACUUAAUCCAUUUAGGUCAGACCUCAUCCCCUCAUCGUUUCUGUGGACCAUUCGCUGGGGGUCGCCCUACUGAUGCCUACAGACGUUUUGUUGCCAAACUUGACAGCUGGCCAGGCCUGGUGCUAAAAUGGUUGGGCUCCGAUAUUGUCACUAUCCCUCUAGUCCUCAUCAUCAUAGCAAUACUGAGCUACCAGCGAAAACUUUUAUCUGGGGAGAAGCAUUACCGUGUCCUGCUCCAAGCAGAGCUUCAGCAGGAGAGAAAGGAUAACCAGGAACUCAUCAAAAAGUUACAGGUGGUUGGUAUAGAUAUGUGA